UUAUCGUGCCUUCCGCUGGUGUGUUUGACAAAGAUUACGAUUUUACUGCUCGUAAAUCAAUAUCUGCUCGCUCGUUACGUAGUUGCGAGAGGAGUCUGCGUUUGGUCGCUGCUGCCUAGCGGGCUGGGCGGGAGAUUUGAACUGAGCCCGUUUCCGGCGGCUCGAGCCUAUCGCCCCUCCUCUUACCUAACAAGCUAGUUAGGCGGCCUUCUUAAUGCCGCGCGCCGAGUCCUAUUUGCCGGUACCUCCGGGAGGCCUGGAGGAAAAUUUCUUCAGCUUGGAUGAUAUCCUGAUGACACAAGAGAAGGUUCCAUGUCGGACUGUGAUGUUGCUGCCGCGACUGGGCUUUCUAGACAAGAGCAGUGAGGCCGAUCUCAUCCCCGAGGGUACAAAGAUGGAACUGCCUCUUUGGAUGGCCAAAGGGCUAUGCGAUCCUAAACGUCGCAUCAUUUCUGCCAGUACACCAAAAGUGUAUCAAGGCAGCUGGCGGACAAUUUUCAGUGCUGAUGCAAAGGUUGUCGACCUGCACAAAUUGGGGCCGUAUUAUUAUGGUUUUGGAACACAGCUGUUACACUUUAAUAAUCCAGAAAACACGGAAAUUGCUCAGACCAUCCUACAGACGUUUGUCACCCGCUUUCGUCGGAUCAUGGAUUCCUCCCAGAAUGCAUACAAUGAGGACACAUCAUCACUUGUGGCUCACCUGGACGAGCUCGAGCGAGAACUGUUCCAGGCUGGUCAAAAAGGCUUGAAUGAGUUUCAGAAGUGGGAGAAGGGGCAGGCCGAGCAGAUCACCACUUCCAAUCUGGUUCAGAGCUAUGGUAAACGAAAGUUUGCAGAUAUGGAGGCCUGAGAUGGAACUUGAGCCAGAGAGAUGCUAAAGCAGAUUGUUACUAUUCGUAUUCCUCACCAAUAUAUAACGGAGUUUCCACUAAGAUGAAACUGAUUCUGCAGGAAUUACAACUGAGUAGUUAACAGUGCAAUCACUUUGGGUGAAAAUUAAACCAGUACUGCACUGUGAAGCAGAAUUUCUCAUGGAUUUUUUUCCUUCUGGACUUCUGCUUGCUUCCUACGUGAACAAAGCCACUUGCAAAGACUCUGCAAACCAACUUUUGGUUCACUAAGCAUUUUGGAUCUUCAGGAUUUUGAGUCCGUUUCUGUCAUUCGAGAGUUGCAGCUGUUUUCUGACUCUUCCUGGUAUUCAAUAUGGGACCCCCUGCAGCACUUGUGGAAGAGACCGUUAUAAACAAUUUGUUCAGCAAAACAAACUGGCUGAAGGCCAGGCUCUUCGAUAAUUUUAGAAAGAAAAACAGACUUUAAAAUCUCUUGUCUAUUUCCCUCUAAAGCCAAAAUCUCUUUGUGUAGAAUGGCACAUGAUAACUAUAUGUAUUAUAAUUAUUUGUUUAGAUUUUAAAGUUUGUUUUUUGUUUUGGUAACCAUAUGACCAGGAGUUUUGUGCGCUCCUCAAACACUGAAUAGAUGCAUGAACUUUGA